AUUUGUGCAUUUUCAGAUCUCAUCUGUCAAUUCUUCCGUUUGAAUUGCAAUGUUUUGAUAAAUGCGAUUUACAUUUCACGAAGUCAAGAAGACCCUUUACGACAGAGGGAAAUGAUUUGACUUUUGACUGUUAAAGGAUUUUGCAAUCCACACCAAAGCCUUUGAAGUAAGUUUUGUCUUUUUGCGUGCGCACUCGGGCCCACGGCGUCACUUCGUUCCACGCCACUCGGGCCAUUUUGAGAGGCCGCUUCCUUUUCUGCGAAGGCCAAUGACAAACGGUCGGUUGUCACACUUCCGGCGGCAACCAUGUUUGGAGUCCAACGAUCAGUGGUGGGACGGCGGGGCGCUUGGAGCGGGUCAGGCCAGGAAACAACGUUGCCCACAAUGCACCCGGGCGGGUUUGACGCGAGGCUCCGGCGUGACUGCGAGCGCGAGAGCGGCUUGACAGCGGGCUGGGAGCAGGCCCCGAGUGGGUAAACAAAACCCGAACGUCGCUGGCAUCCGCACGUUGCCGUCUCGCUCCGUGUCGCGGGUCCUUCCAACGCGCGGCGGAACGAGCCCGAAGGGGAAGCGACUUGGCCAAAAAUAAUAAAAACCGCUCCGGGCAGCACUUUGAAGAGGAGUCGCUCGGCUUAGCUAAGCCCGCGCUAGCUCGGCCGCGGCCACCAUGUCGUCGUCGUCGUCGUCGCGGCGCCAGUGGUGCUACCUGUGCGACCUGCCCAAGAUGCCGUGGACGGUGGUGUGGGACUUCAGCGAGGUGGUGUGCCGCGGCUGCGUCAACUACGAGGGCGCCAACCAGAUCGAGUUCCUGAUCGCCAGCGCGCGCCAGCUCAAGCGAAGCCACGGCGGCGUGCAGGACGGCAACGUGCGCUCGCCCGGACCCGGACCCGGACCGUCGCCGCACAAGCACGCCGCCCCGGCCCGCGGGGAGUCGGCGACGGACGGCGGCGGCGGCGGCGGCCGGCCGCACGGCGAGCGCUUCGACCGCGCAGCCCGAGGCGACGGAGUCUCCGCCGCUCGCGUGCCGCCCAACGGCUUGCACCGCGACGGCCACCCCCCGCCGCAGGAGGGGAACCGCCAGAGCCCCAGCGGCAGCCGGAGACCCAUGAUCGGGGCGGCCAUCCCGCCCAAUCUAGUGACUCAGAGCAUCGCGGGCAUCCCGCACGGGCUGCUGGCGGGCAUGCCGGCCGGCCUGACCGCCAGGACGGCGCCCAUGAGCAGCCCGAUGAUCUUCCCGGCGCCCGUGCUGGCCGAGAUGAACCGCCGCCAGCUGGGGAUCGGCAUGGGCAUCGCUCCCUUCAUCACGCCGGAGCUCGAGCGGGAGCUCAGCUCGUCCCAGGCCAAGUCGCAGUCGCAGGGCCCGCACGCCGGCCCCAGCAAGGGCGCCGCCGCCGGCCUGCCCUCCUCGUCGGCUUCCGUCAGCCAGACGAGCCCCAAGCCCGCGUCGUCGCCGGCCAGGCAGCCGCGGCCCCUCGCCGCCCGCGGAGGGGGCGAACCGCUGUCGUCGGGCGGCUCGUCCGAGGCCGCCGCCCCCGCUUCCGAGGCGGGGCCCGCCUCGGGCGGCGGGGGCCUGACCGGAACCGCCUUGUCCUGCACGCUGUGCCACGAGAGGCUGGAAGACACGCACUUUGUGCAGUGUCCGUCCGUUCCGGGGCACAGGUUCUGCUUCCCGUGCACCAGAGUGUACAUCCAGAGCCGGCGGGGCGACGGCGAGGUCUACUGCCCCAGCGGCGAGCGCUGCCCGCUGGACACGUCGCUCAACAGCCCCCCCUGGGCGUUCAUGCAGGGCGAAGUGUCCACCAUCCUGGGCACCGGCGCGCCGGGCGCCCCGUCGGCCGCCGCGCCGGGGACGGGAACCGGGGGCCCCGCCGACGGCGCGGCCGCGGCGCAGAGCGGCGACGUCACCGUCAAGAAGGAGCGGGAGACGUGAUGGAGGUUUUCCGUGGCGACCUGGAACAACGGCGGGCGGGCGGGCGGGACGCUCGCAAACAUCUUUUUAACGGCGUGACGUGUCUGAAGGAAGACAACGCCACACGCUCGCUCGCAUUUUCGUUAUUGCUCCUGCGCAAAUGUGUAAAAACUGAAUUUCAACAGCGGUGCCACUUGAAAAACAACACUCGGGUCCCCACCAUUGGAGGCAACCAAAGACAGAAUGAAGCUCCUCAACUUACUUCAACUUAGCGUCUUGGCCCCGAGAUGGGAUCGACCAGUCCAAAUGUCCCCAUCAAGAAUAGAGUCCAAGAAAGAACACGUUUGGCAAACAAGCAAAACGGACUCACACAGACACGCUCACGUGUCCUGCGUCACGUGACCCGCCCUCCAACGCUCGUUUUCGUUCUAGAAGUUUCCCGGUUGUUUUGAGCGCAAGCGGGCAUUUUGCAAGACGUCGCCGCUAAACGCAAAACCUGACUUAUUUUUGGGGUUUUGUUUUUGAAUCAAGUUUUUUUUUUUUUUUGUCUCGUUUGCAUAAAUGUCAUUUUCUUUUUGAGCUUUAGUUUUGUUUUUUGGGGGGGUGGGGGGCAGAACAAGCAGAAUGUUCCUCGCAGAGACGAGCCAAACCAAAGCCAACCUUUUUUGUGUAUACAAUCCCCACGGCUGUGCGCUAAUCACGCUAACGGCGUCGCGACAAGUAAGUGCCUUGCGCGGAAGUCCCCGCCUCCUCGCGGCGUCGACCAAUCGGCUCGCUCGUCUUUUGACCGCCGCUUCUUGUACAAAAAAAAAAAACGUCCCGGUGGGAAUAAAACACAUGAAAAAAGUCA